AUGUUACCCCCCAGCUCCCUGAAGUACCAGGAGUUCGACCCCGAGGCCGGCGACAUGGGCCGCAAACGGUCGCUCGUGCGCCCCGAAAGACAGCGCUUGGACAAACACAACCCCCGCUUCCACUAUGCGCAGGUGGCGUCGCAGGAGGCCAGCCACCUCAAGAUCCAGCCGGCUGCGUCCGGGCUCGACCCGGCGUUGCCCGAAAAAAGGCACUCUGCCACCACCGGCAGCGAGGAGGACGAGGGCAUUCCGCUCAUCAACAUGCCGUCCGGCUCGCCGCGCAAGGGCAAGGAGAUCUUUGGCCUCAACGACGAGAAGCUGCCGCGGAAAGCCGGCACGGCGCUGCCGCAGGACAGCAAGCCCGGCGACAAGCGGGACAUCUACUUCUGGAAGGUGUACGCGUACGCAAUCACGUUCUGGGCGCCGCCUCCGCUCUUGAGUCUCUGCGGCAUCAAGGGCAAGUCGCGGCAGUUUGCGUGGCGCGAGAAAAUCGCGUUGAUCAGCUGCAUUCUCUACAUCGGCGCGUUCGUGGCGUUCCUCACGUUCGGCUUCACGCGGACCGUGUGCCCGGCGCAGGGCAUCAAGAUCCGCAACGGCGAGGUGUCCACCGCGUACCUCAUCAUCAACGGGCGGGCGUAUGACUUGAGCAGCUCGGAGCACCCGGCCGCGGCCGGAAUCUCGGCCGGCUCCAACGUGUUGUACCCUCCGACCAACGCCGGGGGCAUGGACGCGUCGUUCAUGUUCCAGAACGUCAACGGCAACUGCAAGGACUUGAUUGUGCCGCGCGACAACUGCUCCAUUCCCUACGAGGGCUCCGAGUUGGCGUGGUACAUGCCGUGCCGCGUGUUUGACCAGUUUGGCACAACGGAGGUCAACACCACCGUCAACUACUACAGCGGGUGGGCGUGCCACACUUCGCUGCUUGCGCGCGAGACCUACUACUCGCUCGAGGUGGACGGCGACGUGUUCUUCACGUGGGACGACAUCAAGAACUCCACGCGCAACUUGGUGGUGUACGCCGGCGCCGUGCUUGAUCUCGACCUCAUCGACUGGAUCCUGGGCGACGACGUCACGUACCCGGACUUGUUCAACCAGUUGCGCGACGACGACUCGUUCAAGGGCCACGACAUCUCGAUGGUGUUGUCGAGCUCCGACGACCGCCAGGCCGCCAAGUGCCUCGCGGAGAUCAUCAAGGUGGGGGUCAUCGACUCCGAGACCAUCGGCUGUAUCGCGUCCAGCAUCGUGUUGAUCGUGGCGCUCGUGUUCAUUCUCCUGGUGGUGGUGGCCAAGUUCUUGAUGGCCUGCUACUUCCGCUGGGUGAUCUCCACCAAGCAGGGCCUGUCCAUCACCACCAGCAAGGCCAUGGCUGCGCGUGAGCGCGAGAUCGAGAACUGGGUCGACACGCCCAACGCGCAGGCGCCGCUCGCUGGCGUGGCCCUGACCUCCCGCGCCGACUACCGCACUCAGAAAACCAACCGCCAGAGUGUGUUCUUCAAGAACCCGUCGCUCGCCAUGAUGGUGGCCCCGGUGCCGGACUCGGACGCGCAUAGCCUGCUUGCCAACUCCAAGUACACGACCAUGGGCACCCAGGCCGCGCUUCUAGGCCGCCAGAAACGGCUGCGGGCGCCGCGCUCGCGGUCUGUGAUGCUCGCGCCAAGCAGACAUUCGUCCGUAGACAUGUUGUCCCGCCCCAUGUCGUCGCUCAACCCGUUCGAGAACAUUGAGGAGGAGGCUGUCUUCGGCUUGGCCGCGGAAAUCAUCCACCCGGACGUCGUGCCCCAGCCGCCGGUGGACCACCAGCCGUUUGGCUACCCGUUGGCCCACACCAUCGCGUUGAUCACCGCGUACUCCGAAGACCACGAGGGCUUGCGCACCACCAUGGACUCCGUGGCCACCACGGACUACCCAAACUCGCACAAGUUGAUGCUCGUGGUCUGCGACGGGUUGAUCAAGGGCUCGGGAAACGACAAAUCCACGCCGGAAAUCGCGUUGGACCUCAUGACCGACUUCUGCGUGCCCAAGGAGGACGUGCAGCCACUCUCGUACAUUGCCGUGGCGCAGGGCUCGAAGCGCCACAACAUGGCCAAGGUUUACUCCGGCUUCUACAAGUACGAUGACGCGACGGUGCCACCAGAGAAGCAGCAGCGCGUGCCCGUAAUUACCAUUGUCAAAUGCGGCACGCCUGCCGAGGCUGGAGGUGCCAAGCCAGGCAACCGAGGCAAGCGCGACUCGCAGAUCAUCUUGAUGUCGUUCUUGCAGAAGAUCACGUUCAAUGAGCGUAUGACCGCUUUGGAGUACAUGUUGCUCGAGUCGACCUGGCGCAUCACGGGGCUCAUGGCUGACUUCUAUGAGCUUGUGUUGAUGGUGGACGCAGACACGAUGGUGUAUCCGGACUGCAUGACCCACAUGUGUGCUGAGAUGGUCAAGGACCCGAUGAUCAUGGGCUUGUGUGGCGAGACGAAGAUCGCCAACAAGGCCCAGAGCUGGGUCACCGCCAUUCAGGUGUUCGAGUACUACAUCUCUCAUCACCAGGCCAAAGCGUUUGAGACUGUGUUUGGAGGUGUCACGUGUUUGCCGGGCUGCUUUUCGAUGUACCGAAUCAAGGCCCCGAAGGGUGACAAGGGCUACUGGGUGCCGAUCUUGGCCAACCCGGACAUUGUCGAGCGAUACUCGGACAAUGUUGUCGACACUUUGCAUAAAAAGAACUUGUUGUUGUUGGGGGAGGAUCGGUUUCUUUCGUCGCUCAUGUUGAGAACGUUUCCAAAGAGAAAACAGGUUUUCGUUCCCAAAGCCGCGUGCAAAACUAUUGUUCCAGAUAAGUUCAAGGUCUUGCUCUCGCAGCGUCGGCGGUGGAUCAACUCGACUGUGCAUAACUUGAUGGAGUUGGUGUUGGUGAACGACUUGUGUGGAACGUUCUGUUUCUCCAUGCAGUUUGUGAUUUUCAUUGAGUUGGUGGGCACGUUGGUGUUGCCCGCAGCCAUUUCCUUCACGAUCUACGUCAUUGUGUAUGCCAUCAUCUCAACGCCCACACCGGUGAUGUCGUUGGUCCUCUUGGCCAUUAUUUUCGGGUUGCCGGGUGCGUUGAUUGUGAUCACAGUGUCCUCCAUCAAGUACGUGAUGUAUUUCUUCAUCUACCUCAUCGCGUUGCCCAUCUGGAACUUUGUUCUCCCAACAUACGCCUACUGGAAAUUCGAUGAUUUCAGUUGGGGUGAGACGAGAACCGUCAUUGGCGACAACGGCGAGCACGGCGACACAGAGGGUAUUUUUGACUCCUCUAGCAUCACCAUGAGAAGGUGGAGAGAGUGGGAAAGAACCAGAAGACAGGAGAACCUAGGUGCCAUUGCUGCCCCCGGUGCCGUGUGGGAUCCAGCCAACCUACAGAAAGAUACCAGCUACUCUGAUGAAUCGACAACUUCAGAGGCUCCUCGUGACAGAAGUAUCUAG